AUGUGCUCUGGGUCAAUGCACGUUGUCCAUGACGCUAAUGAUCCCAAUAUCAGACCUGACAAUGUUGGCAUGUGCUCUGGGUCAAUGCGCAUUGUCCAUGAUGCUAAUUAUCCCAAUAUCAGACCUGACAAUGUUGGCAUGUGCUCUGGGUCAAUGCGCGUUGUCCAUGACGCUAAUUUCCCAAUAUCAGACCUGACAAUGUUGGCAUGUGCUCUGGGUCAAUGCGCGUUGUCCAUGAUGCUAAUUAUCCCAAUAUCAGACCUGACAAUGUUGGCAUGUGCUCUAGGUCAAUGUGCGUUGUCCAUGAUGCUAAUUUCCCAAUAUCAGACCUAACAAUAUUGGCAUGUGCUCUGGGUCAAUGCGCGUUGUCCAUGACGCUAAUUUCCCAAUAUCAGACCUGACAAUGUUGGCAUGUGCUCUGGGUCAAUGCGCAUUGUCCAUGACGCUAAUUUCCCAAUAUCAGACCUGAAAAUGUUGGCCUGUGCUCUGGGUCAAUGCGCGUUGUCCAUGACGCUAAUUAUCCCAAUACCAGACCUGACAAUUUGGCAGACAGGAAAGAAAAAGACUGAACCCGCAUCUCACAUGUUCUUUUCUUUUUAUUUAGGAUUUGAGAAACGUCAUUUGUGCAUAAAAGACCCAAGUAAGGAUUGCAAGCAGCCAUGCCCUAAGGGAUAUUACAUCAACUGGGAAGAUCGUCCAGCUAGAUGUUGCUACUGCGCCAAUUGCAAGCAAGGUAAUUCAUUCUAACGAUCGAGACUUGAGGUCGACUGCACCCAGCUUAGAUUAUAUUAUUUUCCUGCAAAUUUUAUCAAACUGCAUUUGAACAAUCCACCAGGGAGGAAAAAGUUAGCUAUUGAUGUUCUAAACAUUUCUCUUUCAGUGUAGAAUCCAUUUAGUAGAGAUAUAAAUAUGAGGCAGAGGCUACAGCUCCUGAAACAUUGGAAAGCACUAUUUCUAGAAGGUCAUGGUCACACUCAAAGUAUUAUUCUUUUAAUAUUCCUGUAAAAUGUAGAUUUGGGGGAAUUCAAAUUGAAUUUCAAAUUUUAAACCAAAAUAGCCAAACCGAAAAUAAAAAAAUCUAACUUUGAGAAUAUUUUCGAUUCAACAAUUUUGGCCUUAAAAUUUAAAAUGCUCUUUGAAUUUCCAAAAAGUCCCUUAAAUCAAUAACCCUGUAACCCUCUACCUAGGAAGUUAUGGGUUCACCUCAAAACAGCUAAGACUGGAGGUUGACACUUUUAUACCUCAAAACACUGUUUGGUUACCAUGGCAACCAGUGCAGGCCGCCUGUUAUAGAGUGUUUAGGAGUUUCAUAUCUCCUUUACUUUAUGUCUGUUCUGGUAACAAUGUUUAUGUGUCUUCCAGAUCCUGAUCUUAUAGAGGUACAACCUUGUUCCGCUAGUUCCAACGCAAUUUGCCAUUGUCGACCUGGUUUCUACUGUAAAACCCCUUUAGAGAAUACGUGUGCGCGGUGCGUGUCCCACCAGAAAUGUACGCCGGGAUUCAGGGUAAAGAAAGCAGGUAAUGGGUGCAAGAAAAAUGCUUAAAGGUCGACUCUACAACCACGCCCAAGGGUGGACAGAGUAAUGUAAAACUCGAACAGUUUUUAAACAAAUACUAUUCUAUAAAAUGAUAUUCUUCUUCGUUACGCACAUGCCGGUAUCACUAAUUAUACCACUUUCCUGUUGUAUAAAAGAGUUUUUAUUUCCUAUGUUAGUCUUGUGAUCUCUGUGAUUUUGCUUUAUCAUUAUUUGAACAAUGUGAGACAUGGUGGUUAUAGUGCAGAGAGUGAUGUAUCCAGGGCUGUAAUUAUGAGAUGCAGUGUUAUAGAUAAACCAAUAGGAUUAGGGUGGCUGUGGGUUAGGGAUGUUUAUCUUUAGGGGGAUUUGGUGUUAAUAGAGCCUACAAAUAAAUACUUUCUAGCUAACCUUAACUCUGGUGACACUGCCCUAUUGAGCACAGCGCCAUUCCCGCGCCAUUAAAUGAUGAUGAAUAAAUCUAAACUUUAUAUGCAAAUCCUGCAUGGCAGAGUUCCACGAGAGCAUUUUAGGGGAGGUUUAUCAAUCCACGCCAUGUGCUAUUCUGGGCACAAACUGCUAAAUGCUGAGACAUCCUACUGGUUCUCACUCUGAUCAUUCUGAUUAUUUAUCACUUUGUCCCAGAACAGCACUUGAUAUAUUUCACAUCGUCAAGAGGGGACUCCAUUUACUGGAUCUGGGCCAUUUCACUUUAUACAGAAAAGGUUUAUUAAACUGGAAAUUGAUUAAACUGCACAGUUCAGGCCUAAAAUCAGCUCGGUCAGUUUUGCACAAUUCUAGUUUAAUUUAGUGGGAAAAAAGCAGACGAAUAUAAUUAAUAAUAUGUGGUUAAAUUUGCCAAACAGGACAAAAGAGAUAAAAUACAUCUGAUUCUUUUUAAUUCAUAUUCACAUUUACUACUCUAGAUUGAAAGAUCAUAUGAACAGGGUCCCUCAUCUACCUAUUGUUCCUGGAACAAUUUGUAAUUCUCUCUUUAUUGUACAAUUCACCCUUAAUAAAGCACUGCUAAUAGACUGACACUGUAUAAAUACCAAUGAGAAUAAUAUAUGGUCCCAUACUACAUAGUAUGUAUAUAAAAACCGUCAAAUCAAUGUCUAUGUUUGCAGGGAACGCAUUCAAUGACACAGUGUGUGAAGAGUGUCCGCUAGGAUCACAUUCCAAUGGUUCUGAAGGAUGUAAAUCUCACACAACGUAAGGACUAACUCCAUGAAACCUUCAUAUGGCCAGGGAAUAGCCAUGGGUGGGAUCUCAGGGAAUUAUAUCACAUGGCUGGCUCCCUCCCAGACCUUCCCACCUCCUGGACAGCUCACUAAGAAUGCAGCUUCAAAAUGGAUGCUGUCCAGGAGGUGGGAGGGUCUGUGAGGGAGGGUCUGCUGCUGAUUGGCUUGAAUGUGUCAGCUGACUGGAGUCCGCGGCGAACCGUUCGUGGCGAACAGUUCGCGAACCGUUCAGCGAACAGUUCAGGACAUCACUAGCUGGGAUCUCAGGGUAUUAUAUCACAUGACUGGGAUCUCAGGGUAUUAUAUCACAUGACUGGGAUCUCAGGGUAUUAUAUCACAUGGCUGGGAUCUCAGGGUAUUAUAUCACAUGACUGGGAUCUCAGGGUAUUAUAUCACAUGGCUGGGAUCUCAGGGUAUUAUAUCACAUGACUGGGAUCUCAGGGUAUUAUAUCACAUGGAUGGGAUCUCAGGGUAUUAUAUCACUGGAUGGGAUCUCAGGGUAUUAUAUCACAUGACUAGGAUCUCAGGGUAUUAUAUCACAUGACUAGGAUCUCAGGGUAUUAUAUCACAUGGCUGGGAUCUCAGGGUAUUAUAUCACAUGGCUGUGAUCUCAGGGUAUUAUAUCACAUGGCUGGGAUCUCAGGGUAUUAUAUCACAUGGCUGGGAUCUCAGGGUAUUAUAUCACAUGGCUGAGAUCUCAGGGUAUUAUAUCACAUGGAUGGGAUCUCAGGGUAUUAUAUCAUAUGACUGGGAUCUCAGGGUAUUAUAUCACAUGGCUGGGAUCUCAGAGUGUUAUAUCACAUGGCUGGGAUCUCAGGGUAUUAUAUCACAUGGCUGGGAUAUUAGGGUAUUUUAGUCAAAAAGAAUAGAAAACACAUAAUUUUAUAUCAAAAGAAAAAUAACAGCAUUUGCAUUUUUUUCAGUCGACUUCUCAAACCAACAAUGCAGAAUUUUGUACGAAAUAAAACGAGUAAACGUACACCAGAUCUCUAUUUAACUGCCCACAAACCCCUCACAACCCGGCAUCAACAUGUGACUGUCAGUCACUCAAUGGCAACAACUGGAUCUGAUUCUGUGUCUUUGGUACCAACUGUUAUGGCAGAUACUGGUAUGUAA